GAUCUCGUCUCUUGACUUAAUUGAUCGGAUUCUAAAAUUGGUCUAUGACAUCACUAUUCGCAUAGGUGUAAUACGGCUUAUGCUCCAUAUCUGAUACAACGUCGUUGUGGACUUGCGAUUGAUCACAUAUCUAAGUGCUUAGGGAAGCGAUUAUAUAUCAAUCAUUGUUGUACACUUCGAAUAGCACACAACGACUACACACCUAGUAUAUCAUCUCACAGUGCACUCACUCAGUAUACACUCAACUCUGAGAUUCCUCGUGCCCAGACCCAGACCCAGACCCGCACUAUCCACUUAUACAUAACCCCUUCUCCACCCUCUCCUCCGAAAAUGUCCACCAAACCCACCAAACCCACCACCUCGACCCGAAACCCCCACAUUCUUAUUUCGGGCGCCAGCAUCGCCGGCCCAGUCCUCGCCUACUGGCUCAACCGCGCUUCCAUAACCACCACCAUUAUCGAACGAUCUCCCGCUCUUCGUUCCGCCGGUCAAGGAAUUGAUAUUCGGGGCCGCGCUCGUGCCGUCAUAUCACGCAUGGGUCUUGAAUCCACUAUUCGCUCCAAAGUAAGCCAUGAAAUUGGUCUUCAAUUCGUGGACAAAAACGGUGUCCCCAAAGCUUCCUUUCCAGUAGAGAAGAAUGGAAAUUCCUUCACCAGUGAUAUUGAAAUCCUCCGGGGAGAUUUGGCCGAGAUUUUUUACAACAGUACAAAGGAAACGUGCGAGUAUAUUUGGGAUGAUUAUGUUACGGAGCUUGAAGAGGUGAAUGAGGGAGUCCUUGUUACGUUCGCAAGAGGUAAACAGAGAAUUUUUGAUUUGGUCGUGGGAGCAGAUGGAUUGCGUUCGAAGACUAGACGACUCGUCAUUCCCCUUCCAAAUGAUGGUUUGAAAUCGUUGUAUCAGUACACAACAUAUUUCUCCAUCCCCAAACAAUCUCAUGAUGAUGAAUGGGCUAAGUGGUAUAACUCUUCUCGUGGACGUUUGAUAUUAAUGCGUCCGGAUAAUAUACAUCAGAGUACUACUACACGAAUAUAUCUCAGUAUUACCGAUCCAUCCAAAACAUGCAAGUUAGUCAAGUAUCUGGAAAUGACACCCGAAGAACAAAAACGUGCUUGGAGAGAAGAAACGUCUGAUAUGGGAUGGGAGAUUGAGAGAGUCUUGGAUGGAAUGGAUAAAGCACCAGAUUACUACAUGCAAGAAAUCGCCCAAGUCAAUCCUCCUCAAUUUUACGAAGGGAAAGUCGCACUAGUGGGAGAUGCAGGUUAUUGUCCCUCGCCGAUCUCAGGAAUGGGUACCAGUUCGGCGAUUCUAGGUGCGUAUUAUCUUGCAGGAGAACUAGGGGCUUGCAAAGGAAAUUGGAAAGAAGGACUGCAGAAGUAUGAAGAGAAGAUGAGACCAUUUGUGGAAGGGGUACAGAAACUUCCACCAGGGGCUCCCGGCAUAUUGAAUCCACAGACGGAGUGGGGCAUUACGAUUCUGCAUUGGGUUCUGGGCUUUGUGUCUUGGACGGGGAUUGCGGGGUGGUUGGGACGUCUGUUUCCAACGCCAGAUGAAAGUCUGGUUCAGUAUGAGUGGAGUGAUGGCAGAAGUGAAAUUUCUCAGGAAUAGUCUGUUUAUUUUGUUUGUAGAUAAAGAUUGUAUUAUCAUUUUCAAGAAUUCAUUCAUUAUUUCAAUUCAUUUGAUUACGAAAACUAUCUUAAUCUCCAAAACAAUUGAAUGUACAAAAAUAAAUGAACAUUUCA